UAUUCGUCGUCAGUGAGAGAGCCGGGCUACGACGCGCCUGCCUUCGUGGAAGAAUUGUAUUGUGGACCAGCUAGACUGGCGAACAAUAGUUGCUACUAUCAUCAGCCAAUCUACGAGGACGAGGUACCGGAUUACGUCGCCCCGUUUCCGGUCUACGCGCCUCUCUCCGAUAUGCCAGAGUAUCGUUCUCGACACGAAUAUCCAACGAUGGAACAAGAAAAAUACAUGGUACAAAUUAUUCCGCCCCCACAUUUGGACUUGAAUACAUACGGCCAUCUAAAAAUCGACUACACGAACAGUUGGAAUUCUCUGAAUCGGAAAAUCAGUAAAUAAUUUCAUUCUGAAAGGGACCAAAU